AUGUGGAAUUGGUUGUUCUCGAGAGAACCCGCGCCACCGCCUCCGGUGGUGCUGGUCCCACCGCUCUUUGACUUCCCUCCCCUCGCGGCGCGCAACCGCAUGCUCCACUCCACCUACGAUGUCGUUUUUGGCAAGAUCGCCCUCGCUUCGCUCUUCCAAGACUACUUCCACCUGGCCAGGCACUUCACCACGCGAAUCAUGCUCAAGCCAAUCGACGAUCCUCACGUCGAUCUCAUCGCUACUGUUUCAGGUCCUCUCGAUCGUAAGCCCAACGAGAACGUUACGGGAGAUGCGUUGUUUCGCUGGCAAAGUGAUGUUAACGAUCCUCAUACGUUUAUGGACCUUUAUGUAUCCACAUCUGAUCCGUAA